AUUUGAAUUUCAUUCCUUCUUAUUCUGCUCAAUAUCAUUUUAACAUCUUAAAAAUCAUUCAAAAGAGAAAAACUAGAAAGCUGAAGACCAACUCCUCAUUCUCUCAUGAUAUUAGUUUCUAAUUCAUUAAGCUAAACUCAUCUGGUUUUCCAUAAAUCUCGCUUUCUUGCACUUGCUAUACCUGAUGCUAGGCUGUCAGUCACUAACAUUGUUCCCCCCAUCUAUUCCCUCACUGGCUGAGUACAUUUCAGAAGUCUCAGGAACGGCUCCAGUGGGUGUCACUGAGCCGAGUCAUUCUUGAUUAAAGCAAGGCUGGGAUGAGAUGUCAUUUAUUUUCAGCUCACGUGUUAUAAACCCAGCAAAGUUUAGUUCAUUCUGGAAAUGUCUGGGUUUCUGGGAGUAGAAUAUAUAAGGUGUGUGUUCUGAGUGCUGCAGCAGAUCAGAAGCUGAAGACUGGGAGUUCACAUCAGUCGGUUUGAGAGAAGUGAGAGAAGAGGCAGAGACAAUGCUGAGCUGUCGGGCUUUCCACCUUUUACAUCUGUGCCAGCAGCCUGUGUACACAUUGUGGCCUGUUCCACACAGGGUCAGUGAGCCACUUGAAUCCAACACGUGGAAACAGGUGGAAGAAGCGAGAAAGAGCAUGAACUUCAUGGAACGAGUUCUUGAGGAGCUGGCAAAAGAAUUUUGGGAGGAAAAACCAAGAAAUCAGGACAACAGACCUGAUGAUAAUGAAGAAGGUAAAAGACAAUCAGAGGACAAGGAGGGAGAUGGCUUUUCUCUGUCCCUGGAUGUCCAGCGAUUCUCCCCAGAAGAACUGAAGGUGAAAGUACUUGGAAGAAAAGUGCUGGUGACAGGAAAACACGAGAAAAAGAGUGAUGAUGGCAGCGGCUCUUCCAGCUACAAAUAUGAAGAGUUCAGGAGAGAAUUUCAGCUGCCAGAAGAUGUCGAUGCUGAAGCUCUUAACUGCUGUUUGUCACAGGACGGUCGGUUAAAGGUUCAAGCCCCACGCCUGGCACUGCCAGCUGUGAAUGAAAGAACCGUGCCCGUCAACAUCACCUCGGAUACAACAACCAGUCCCUGGCUAAAUCUUGGCCAAGAGGCACAGAAACUGGAGAGCGGAAAAGCUGAGAGGAAAAGUGAGGAGGAAGUAAAAAUGGACAAUUAAAUCUCAUUUACAGUCAUCUUUUGUAAGAAUGGUAUAAAUGCAGAAAUGAGUUUCUGAGACCAUGAAACGAAGGCAUAAUGCUGAAAAUGAAUUGUUAAUGUGUAAGUCUGGACUCUGUUGUUAUCAGAAUU